CCAGUCGACAGUUGUCACCUUGAAAUUCAAACUUGUAUGUACUUGAGAGGCUAAACCGUUGAACGUUGAACAGUUUGUGUUUUUGGCAAAGUGAAUUCAUAAGGACAAUAUUACAGAUGUAUUUGUUACUUUCGUGAGCCGAUAUUGCCGCCAGCUUCACUUCACUUUUAACCAUGUAUUUUGAGAUUAACAUAACACCUAAGGAGAAGGCUGAUGUUAUGCACACCGAACCGGAGACGAAGAUCAACCUGCUGCUGGCCCCUUUUCAACCCCAAACUCGCAUCCGGAUCGAAACUGCUCUGAAUACAACAGCGCAUUCCUACUUGAACCUACGUAAUCUCAGCAGUCGUCUAUUGAAUGUCCAAGUUACAAAAAAACCACCAUCGGAAAGGUCCGUUGUUCUUAGUUUAUCAAAAUUGAGAGUUGAGGCUGGCCAGGAUGCAGAAUUGAUUAUAAGCUGGACUGCUAGGGAACCUGGUACAUUCCGAGACAUAAUACAAUUAACUGACAGUCGUCGCAUAAAAUAUGACAUUGCAUUGACAACAUCUACAGUGUGUUCAAAAAAAUAUGGAGCUGUUGAAAAAUUCACAGAAAAUAAGCAACAUAUACUGGAUCAUAGAAAAAAAAUUCUUACUCAGAAUCCUUGCCCUAAGAAAAAAACAGAGCUGAAAAAAGUGCUCAAUAUGUCCGAAAAUAUAUCCAACAAUAUCAAUUCUCCCAGCAAUAGGCAUAAGUCUUCCUGCAUUUCAAGAUAUCAAGGAAAAGAAAAUAUUUCUACCUAUCCAGUCGCUGAUUGGGAAACUCCAAAGAAAAGUUCCGCAGAGAUACUAGGCCAUCGACGAGAUUAUUCAUUGGAUGUAUCGGCUACAAAACCUCGUGAUUUUUCUAUGCUGAUAGAAUCGGACACAUUUGCUUUAACUCCACAUCUAUGGUUCAAAAACAAUACAAAUAAAACAGAAAAUGACUUAGAGAACCCACAAUUUCAAUCUCAGAAUCACGUAACUCUAUCGUCAUCUCCUAAUUCUAAAAUACAGGAACUGCGACGUCAGACUUACGUAACUGCACCUCUUUUUAAACACAGUACUCAUACGAACGAAGAUGAUCGAGAUGGCUUUGAGGAUUCUUUAUCCCCACAGGAGGCUAGAUCCAAUCCUAAUUCAGAUUUUUCAAUGCUGCUCAAUGACAUGAAUUUCACAUCAAAUACACCUCUUACCAAAACUGCUGAAAAUUUUCAAUUCAUUACUACAGCAAACAACAAAAACGACACCUUUGAAAUUGCUAAAGGUUUGGAUAUUGAAGAAUCCUUUCAUGUGGCAUCGGAUAAGUUGCCUGAACAAAGCACCAGUAGUCGCCUAGUACCUACCAGACUUUCUACAACUUUUGCAACACUGUCUCCUGUUAUGCCGGUUGUAGAGCCUGGAAUGUCAAAAUAUGCUGCAUCUUCAUCGCCCAUUUGGAGCAAUGAAAGACAAGAUUGUAGCACCAACUCAAGAGUUAAAUGGGAAAGUUUUAAUCUGUCUACCACACAGUCCGACAUUGGUACUGUUCAGGAAGUUUUAGAAGCUGAUUUAUGGGCAAAACCUGUGAACCAAUAUUCUGUUUCAAUAGCCAAAAGUGGGCCAACAAGUUUGGAAUCAAUUCGGGAGGAAAGUCUCAAUUUGACUUCAACCACAAACAAAACUUACGUUAAAUCAUCUAACGAUUACCCAACUCCAAACAUAUCUAUCACAGGGGCUAAUCGCAGAUUCGAAUUUUCACCGCCGACUAAUAAUUCUGUCAGAAAAACCUCACCGAUUAGGAAGAUAUCUCCAAAGAAAUGUUCUAAAAUUAGCAAAGAAAAAAGUACCCAAGAAAUACAACACCUUAAAAAGAAAGUUGCUAUGAAUACAUCUUUGAAAUGUAGUGGUAAAGUCUCUAUUCCUGGGGUGCGAAUCACUAAGCUGUCACUUGCUGGAGUGUCUAGAAAAAGAGUCAAUAGUGGAGUUAGUAGGGUUUUUGAACCUGAACUUAGCAUGAAGCUACAUGAUCCAGAUGACUUUUUCACUACACUUUGCAAUCCAGACCCAUUUGCUGCAACUAUGACAGAAGAUCCGUUUCUUGCAGUCACUCUAUAUUAUGAUGAUAAAUGGGUAGAAAAUCAGGAAUUCGAAUUCAAAAAGUGGUUAAACAUGCUACUGACUCCUCCUGAACACCUGAUAUCUAACGUCGAUACCCCAUUAGUUGAUGUUGCAAAAAUAUGGCAGACGUGCCGAUCGAAGGAAGAUGUUUUACUUGCAGAAACUAAAGAAGCCCUAUCUGCCAGGUAUCACACUAAUCAAAGACUAAAUACAUUGCGGAGAGCAGCUUGCGCAUUGCUUCGCAGCAAUGAAGUUGUUUCUGUAUUAUCAAAAGUCACUGUAUGCGUUGAGAAAGGAAUCCUAGUGAUUAGACAAGAUCGCGAUCUUCAUAAAGACAUUGGGUUGCAGAAAUUAAUUUUGGAACUACUUCUGUGCUACAACCCAUUGUGGUUACGAAUUGGUUUGGAAGCAAUAUAUGGCGAAACAAUCCCACUAAAUUCAAAUAAUGAUAUUAUUCGCUUGAGUAAGUUUCUUUUAACAAGAUUUUUUGCUGAUCCACAUAUCGUCAAGACUCACUCGCAUCCGACAGUCCUAAAUCUGCGCCUUCCGACGUUUUUCACUGUCAUGAAUAAAUUCAUGCUCAAAAAGUUUCUCUUCGUAAUUUACUUUCUUGACUACGCAAAAACACAUAAAUUGAUCGGGCACGAUCCAUGCCUUUUCCAUAAACAGUCAGCCUACAAAGAAAGCAAAAAGAUUUUGCUGCGUUUUUCUCAAGAGCUGCUGAGUGGUGUUGGUGAUGUUACCCGUGUCCUGAAACCCUAUGGAUAUAUUUUAGUCCACAAGCAAACAGAGUUGGAUGAGUACAGUUAUGCAGUUGAUAAUCUUUCUCUUGAUUUACGAGAUGGGGUAAGGUUGUGCAGAAUCAUGGAGCUCAUAACAGGAAAACGAAAUUUGACCGCUGUUUGCAGAGUGCCUGCUAUCUCAAGACUACAAAAAGUCUACAAUGUUGAUGUUGCCUUGAAAGCGCUUACCAGUUCCGGCUAUAACAUUUGUGGUAACAUUACAGCGAAAUGUAUUGCAGACGGUCAUAGAGAAAAGACGCUCUCGUUACUGUGGCAGAUUAUAUACAAGUUCCAAGCCCCACACUUUAAUAAAGCUGCGGUAACAAUUCAGAAAUGGUGGCGUGCUACUCUUUGGUGGGUGCGAGUAAAAAAUUUUCUAUUCAAGAGAAAGAACAAUGCGGCUUUGGUAAUUCAGAGAGCUUGGAGAUCAUACCUUGCAAGAAUACAACUCAAAUAUCUCAAGAAAAAGAGAGUGCUUGUUUUGUCAUUGCAAAAUAAAGCUGCUGCAGUAAUACAAUUGAAAUGGAUUGCUACAGUGAAGAUGUGGAGUCAAAAAAAACAGUUUGAACGAAUGAAAUUAUCUGCUGUAAAAAUACAAAAAUUCUGGAGGAAUCAUCGAGCCACUAAUGUUUUUGUAGUGGCUUUUAAACAAAAACAAACUGCUUGUCGUAUUAUUCAGCAGCACUGGCGUGCCACUCAAUUGAUGAGGCUUCAAGUGUCUACUUAUUUAGUUCUUAAAGAUGCUGUUACAAAAAUCCAGUUAUGGUGGAAACUGAAAUUAAUUCAGAGAACUGCCCACAGCCAAUAUCACGCCAUUAAGAAGGCUACGCAAUUGUUACAGCGCAAGUGGCGAAGCAAUCGUCUUAUGAAAAUUGAGAGGCAAAAAUAUCAAAGAAAAGUAAUCGCAAUUAAAACUAUUCAGUGCUGGUGGACUCGUGAACUCGCUUACAGGAAGGAUCGACGAAAUUUCUUACUGAUGAAAGAUGCUGUACAAUUAAUCGAAAAAUGGUGGCUGCGAUGUUUGGUCAAGGGAAAGCUGCAAGCUUUGUUGAAAAAGGAAAUAAGUGCUGUGAAAACUUUACAACGAAGAUGGCGAGCCAUACAACUUGGACGACUUCAAAGAAAUGCAUUCAUAAUACUGAAAAAAUCCGUAGUCACUGUUCAAAGGAAAUGGCGUACAAUCAGAACUGCAAGAUCUGUACAACAGUCAUAUAUUUUGAAACUAAAAGCUGCAAUCGUCAUUCAAUCAUAUUGGAGAAACUACAGAGUCGGGUUCAAGGAACGCUACUAUUUUCUUUCCUUGAAAGCAGCAGCAGUUUCCCUGCAGAGUCGUUUUAGAGCUAAUAGAGCUGCUUAUCAAGCUGCUACCAAUUUUAAUAAAUUGAAACAAAGCACUGUUAUUAUACAACGUAAAUGGAGAGCCACUCAAUUGAAAAGACAGAUUUGGCAAGAAUUCCGUUGCAAACGAAAUGCAGCAAUAAUGAUUCAAAAAAGAUAUCGUAUGGUCGUUGCACAAAGAAAAUACCAGAUAAAGAGGCAGUCUGUUAUUAAAAUACAAUUCUGGUGGAAAGCUUGUAUUGCAACAAAACAAGCAAAGUCUUAUUACGAUUUACUAAAAUCUACUACAAUUCUUUUGCAGCACAAAUACAAAGCACGGAAACUUGGUGGUCUAGUUAGAGAAAACUAUUUAACUUUGAAAACCAAUGUUACUUUUAUUCAACAGAAAUGGAGAGCCAAAAAAUUAAUGGAACCACACAGAGAAAAUUUUAUGACCAUACGACAGGCGGUAAAUAGAAUACAAUUAUGGUGGAGAGCUUGCCUAAUCGCCAAAGACGCAAAACUGUCGUAUGAAGUACUUAAAUCAAGAACAGUGUACAUUCAGCGCAAGUACAGAGCACGUAAACUUGGUAAUUUGACUAGAAAACAGUUUUUGACUUUAAAACGAAAUGUUAUCUAUAUCCAACAGAAUUGGAGAGCCAAAAAAUUGACACAGCUACAAAGGAAAAAUUUUCUAGCAAAACAAUGCGCUGCUGUUAAGAUACAAUCAUGGUGGAGAGCUUGUCUAGCAGCAAAGCAAGCUAAAAUGCAUUAUGAUUUACUCAAAUCUACAACAGUUUUAGUUCAACACAAGUACAGAGCAUUGAAAAUAGGUUCCUCUCUUAGAAAACAGUUUAAGAUUUUAAGGCACAAUGUUGUCUACAUUCAGCAAAAGUGGCGAGCUAAUAAAUUGAUGCGACUACAUAGACACGAUUUCAUAGCAAAACGUCAAGCAGUUGUCAAAAUUCAAGAUUGGUGGAGAGCUGUAACAGCUAGACGAAUUUGUCAAGAAAGUUAUAAGACGCAAAAGAUUGCAGCAAUUCAGCUGCAGAGAUGGUAUCGAUCAACUAUGCAUGUUCGCUCGGUGAAAGAAAAGUAUGAUAAAACUCUACAAUCUGCUAAAAUUAUUCAAGAUUGGUGGAGAGAUAUUUUACAGAAACGACAAAUGGUGAGGCAGAGAGAAAUUACUGCUGCCAUAAAAAUUCAAGCGAUUUGGCGAGGCCACAAGCUUCGUCAGUCUCAGAGUCAAGAAAUGGCAAAACUACGUGAAAGAUCAAAAAAGGCUAGAAUGGAAGCUCAACCGUCAGCAACUUUAGGUUAUAGACUAAACGUUGCUAUUGAUGUUGUUCAAGGGUACGAAAACCUUGGCAAAUUAACACAAGGACUCACAGCACUAGACACAAUAACACACUUGAUGCCUGCUGGAUGCAGAGCUUUAUGUGAUGCUAAUUUAAUUCCCAUGCUUUACGACCUUUUACAUCGGUCUAACAGGUCUCGUCCAUGGAUGGACAUAUGUCUUCGAGCCUCCAGUAUUCUAGUUUCUAUUGCAAAGUAUGAACGAACUAAGUCCUAUGCUUGGCAGGAGGAUUAUAUUGAAACUAUUAUACGAUUGCUAUCAGCAACUAUAGAACGAGAAACUAACGUCUUUCUCACCCUAGCAACUUUAUUGUGGCUACUUGCUGAUACUCCGGAACGUGUCAAGGCUAUAGCAGAAUCCCCAUCGAUAGUCAGAUCACUUAAUGCGAUGCACAACACAGUAUCCAAAAAAAAAUUGCGGCUUUCUUUAGGCCCAAAACUACCUCACUUAUCUUGUACUCUUCCGAAUUCUAAACCUGACUGGGGGUUGAAACACAGUCGUCCGCGUUUGUUUACAUCCGUUCAUCACGCGGUUGUUGUAUUAUGCAAAAAAUUAAAAUUGAAGCUUACGUAAUCGGUCGAGUUGUAGUUCUAUUUUAAUGAAAGACAUCCUGUACAUUAGUUUAUCGUUUUUAUAUAAAAAAUUUGUAAUUUACGUGUCAACUGUUUUUCAAUUAUUAAAGUGAAAUAAAUUUUUUACUGCAUGAUUAAAAUUAUUGUGACUUAAUUUGUCAUUUUUCAUCCAUGUACCUGUACCUGGAAGUUAAUAAUGCGAUUCAGAUUAUUUUUUAGUAAUACUUUUAAUGCAAUAAAUAUAAUAAACAAUAAUUAUUGUUUUGGCGUUACAGUUUAACAGUCAAUUCUAUACAUACACAUUGAAUUACAACAAUUUUGCAUAAAAUGCUGAAGCAGUAGAUGUAUAUUAAUAAAAGUGAUACAUUUGCUGCGUAUAAAAU